AAAUUUUCAACCCCACAGAAGUCCUAGAUUUACCUAACUACCCUUAUCCACCAGUAAAAGAUGAUAGUUAAAAAACAGGAAGUAUUUUAAAAACUUUUGAAAAGAAAAGAACAUGAAGAUUUGCAUGUGUUAUCUAACAAGAUGCUAAGUAUGCGAUGCCAAAAUAUUCUAUUAAGUAUCGUAAUAAUAUCGACAUGCAAGAUUAUACUAAUGAUCUAAUGUCAAAAAUGUCCAUCACUGUUCCUAAUGAACUUGUUGUUGUUAUUGAUUUGCCACUUCUGAAGCAUGCUUCAGAUGCAUCUGUUGAUGUUUCAGAAAAAUUAAUCACCCUUGUCAGUGAAAAUCCAGCAAAGUACAAAUUAAAGUUAAAAUUACCUUAUAGAGUUGAUAGUAGUAAAGGAAAUGCAAAAUUUGAUAUUAGUAAAAAGGUUUUGACUAUCUGCUUACCUGUAAUACGACAAGGGAUUCAUUCAAACAUUGAUGCCACUCGAGAAGAUAGUGGAGUCGAGUGUGAUACUAUGGAAGGACCAACAGCAUUUCUAGUGAUGAUGAAGUGGAAAAAAAAUCCAAUAUCUGAAAGAAUAGCUAAAGUAGUUUCGAAAACGGAGAACAUGUUAUUUGAAAAGGACAUUAAAGUAUGUGAUUCAGGUGAUUACAAGUUUUUACAGCAGAAUAUACAUUAUUCAUUGCCAACCUUCACAUGUCAAUAUCUAAAAGAUAUUUUAACAUUUUACUCUUCAAGUACAGAAUGUGAACCCACAAUCUGUCAAGGAACACUUUAUAAAUGAUGGGGUUCAUAUUUCAUUUCAAUCAGUGGGAGCAGGAUAUUUUCCUAUCAACUAUGCAAUGUACAUUUUGUUACAAUGUCAAACUACAAUUAGCCCUGAAACACUCAAAGUUGAAGUCUGGGGACAACAACG